AUGGACAGGGAAUGUUCUCAGCUCCUGCCUUCUGUUUGUGCAGUUCUAGCAGACUCAAGGCAACUUGUUGCAGAUGACACCUUUCUAGAGAAAUUUCUGGACUGGUUUAAGUCUCUGACUGAAACAGAAUCUAGCCUGCUGCUGUUACAGGAGAAUCCAUGCUUGACAGAGCUCAUCACAUGCGUGCUGAAACUGAAGGAUCCAAGUUCUAGCACUCUUUCCUUUAUUCUGAGAUUAACAGGGAUAUUUGCAGCCUCCGAAAGCUGCUUCCAGUAUUUACAGCAGAGGGAGCUGUUGAUCAGUCUCUUUGGAGAGGUGGGGCCUCUCAGCAGUGCUCUGUGGGAAGAGGCAUCUGUGCGAAGCGGCUGGGUCCAGGGUGUGCACAGCAUGGUGCAGCACCAGAGCGCCCUCCAUUUUUUGUGCAGCUGUGGAGCCAUAGAUGUGAUCUUCACUCUGCAGGGAGACCCCAGCCUGUUUGUGGCUUCAGCUGCCAAUCAGCUUUUAGUGCACAUGCUCACCUUCUCUCUACAGUCAUUCCAGACUAAACCUGUAAAUAUAAAGGACUGUGAUUGGCCAAUAUGUGCUCAAAAGCUUAUAGUGCACAUUGAAGAGUCCCUUAAAUCCAACUCUGCCUCUCGUAUCAAGCAAUCCUUGAAGCUGCUAACUAGAGUGUUUGGAUGCUGUCAUGAUCUGUGGACUGAAGUACUUUGGUCACGGCUAUCAGAGCCAAUUGUAUAUCUCGAGGAGGAGCCAGUCCACGCCGGGCACUCACUGGUGGACCUUUUCCUUAGCAUGGCCAGGUCUCCUGUGUUUAGCUGCCCUGAAUGUAGCCUGUGGACAUCAGUAACGUCUGCUCUGGAGCACUUAAAACCAGCUCAAGUUGGUCGUUUGGCAGUGGGAGUACUGAAGCUUCAGGAAUGCCCACAGGCAGUAAAGAUCCAAGCUCUGAGUGUUCUGCUUCAACCAAUGGACUGUGUUCUGAAAGCAGCCUCCCAACCCUUGGAAUAUCCAGGUUUGCUGAAUAGGUCUGUGAAUGAUUCUGCCACUGUUGAAACUCUUCUGUCCUGCAGAUCCUCUUGUGCUAGCCUCCUGUGUCAGACGUUGGCUCAUCUGGAGGAGCUGCAGUACCUGACCUGCUUGCCAGUGGAUUUGCCCCAUAUACCUUUGCUACAGUCUGUAGUGACAAUAUUGCAAUUCUGUAUUGGCCUUGCGACUCCAGCAUCUUGUCUGGGAAACGAGAUCAGUAGAAUCCUGAUUGGUUGCUUCAGAGUUCAGCGGUCAGCACUUGACAUCCUGGGAGCGCUCUCUCACUGGGAAAGCCACAGUGUAUUCAUGGGAAGUGUAUUUGACAUCCUCCUUGCAUACCUGAAGAGUCCAGAUACCAGUCCUACCGUUCUGAAGAAGUCAUUUCAAGCAACACUCAAAUGGCUGGUGGGUUUGUCAGAGGCACCCAGCUCCAAGGAUCACUGGCAACAGACUGAGCAGUUUCUCCGAGAUCUGUUUCUGGUGCUGCAGAAGCGUUUGUGCAGCCCUUACUGGGAAGUACGGGACUCUGCCCUGGAAUUUCUCACCCUCCUGGUUAAGCAUCUGAGAGAGAAGGAGGGGUUCAGGCAAGUUCUCUUCUCUUCGGAGGUGCCCAAGCUCACAGAGGAUCUUCUUGAGGACCCAGAGAGUUAUGUGAGAGCAAGUGCCGUGACAGCCAUGGGACAGCUGUCCUUCCUCACCCACCUCAUCUCAAAGAAGCCUGGCGUAGAAAAUGGAAAUGUCAAAGAGAAAAGCAUUGUAGCACAACUUAAAGAAAUCUUAUCAACAGACUCAGAAGGCUUCCCUAGAAGAGCUGUGAUCAGUGUCUUCAUUGACUGGCUGAGAGAAGGCCACCCAGAUGUAAUGAAAGACACUGAGCAGUUUGUCUCCAGCGUGCUCCAAGCUGUGAACAGCGACUUAGACUGGGAAGUUAAAGCUGGUGGUUUGGAACUGGCUGAAGUUUUCUCUGCCCAGAUACUUGGACGGCUUGGCCUUGCUGCAUGCCCAUAUGCUGCUGUCUUAUCCUCUGCCACCCGCUCCACUCAUCUGAGUGAGUCUCUGCAGAUAUUCUGCCAGGUGAAACUGUUUGAGUUCCUGUUUGGUGCUUUGUGUGACUGUGACAGGCCAGUGGCUCAGAAAGCCUGCGAUAUCCUCAUUGCCUUGAAAGCUGAGCUCUGUGAUGAGAGCAGCCUGAAGGAAGGAACGAGUGCAGGCUUGUCUACAGAAGCGCGUGGUAUUGCUUGGUUAGAAGAGACUCUGAGGAGAUGGAGUUCCUGUGCCAAGCCCUGUCCCAGAGGUGAUGCUGAUGAGGCUGGAUCCCAAGACCCAAACGGUGUGCUGCUGGUUUUGAGAAUAGUGGACUUAGAAGGGCUGCACAGGUCUCUGGACAGAAGUAGUGACCACAUUGAGAAGAGCCCUCAAUCCCUCUUGCAGGACAUCCUGGCCACUGUGGGGACCUUGGAGGAGAAUGAAGCUGACUGCUAUUAAAGUCAGGGGCAGGUUCUUGCUCAGAGAGGAAGCCAUUCCAAACAGGUAUCUGGCUGCAGGAGAAGUUAUUUGCUACCCAAGAGUAGAAACCAGGCCUUGCAAAAGGGGAAACUGUUAAAGAAAGUCCCAAGAGGAGGACUCUGUCUUGGACUGGUAUGAACAGUGAGGAUGACAACUUGGCUGGCUGUCAAACAGGUUAGACAGUUGUUAGUGGCAUGUUGUCCUUGCUAGCUGUGGCCCAGAAUGCAAGGAAUUUAAAUGAGAGAGUAUUUAAGAGGUGCAGCCAGGGAACUAUAAUACAAUGUAUUUUAACAAGUGAUUGUUAAACACAGGGUUUGUAUGAAUUCAGACUCUGUAGUCACUGCCCAAAGCUUUUUUUUUUUUAAAGUCCAAAAAAGCAUCUGUUUCAUUUUAAUAUACCCUCAUGUAAAGCCAUAGAGAAUUACCAAAAAAAAGUUUUUUAAAACUGAUUUAGAGUGCUGGUGUAAACAAGGUAAAGAAAUCUAUAAACCCUUUUUUAUAGCCUGGUUGGUUAAACUUGCUGAAAGCUGAUUCAAGUAGACUGGUUUUAAAAGGGAUCUAUCCAUUUUUGCUUUGUCUACACUACCACUCUAAAAUCAGAGUCCCUGCUAUAGUGAAGGGAGAGGAGGCAGAGGAGAACGUUUAGGGAAGAGUCAUGACGACAGUGAUUUGAACGUUUCCUGUAACUAUGGCAGGAGAUCAAUUAAAAAUUAUAUUGGCAAAAAUGUUUUUCUUCUUCCUGCUUAGGUUCCUAGGGAGAAGAUGAGAUGCUAGGUGCAAUACACUUGCAUU